AUUCCACCCAAAAUAAUUUCAAAAUCAUACUGAAAGUCACCAGCAACCUAAAAUACAAUCGAAACCGUCCAUUUAAUACAUCCAACGGCAUCUGAACGGUUAUUGAUUAAAAAGGAGGGAAAUAAUUACAGCCGUACGAUCUUUAUCACCCCUCAUUUAUAAACCGACAGAAGGAGUUGAUUAUUUUUCUCACCCAUUUUCUCACACUCUCCUCACUUUCUCUCUCCUCACUCUCUCCUUCGGACUCUUUAGUUCAUCUUCAACAACAGUUUUCAUUUAGGAAAAAUGAGAGAAAUCCUUCACAUUCAGGGUGGACAAUGUGGUAACCAGAUUGGGUCUAAGUUUUGGGAGGUUGUGUGUGAUGAGCAUGGCAUUGACCCAACUGGAAGGUAUGUUGGUACAGCUGACUUGCAAUUGGAGCGUGUCAAUGUCUACUACAAUGAGGCCUCAUGUGGAAGAUUUGUUCCUCGUGCUGUGUUGAUGGAUCUUGAGCCUGGUACCAUGGAUGCUGUCAGGACUGGGCCAUAUGGUCAGAUAUUCCGCCCUGAUAACUUUGUUUUUGGGCAAUCAGGUGCUGGUAACAACUGGGCUAAGGGUCAUUACACCGAGGGUGCUGAGCUUAUUGAUUCAGUUCUUGAUGUUGUGAGGAAGGAAGCUGAGAACUGUGACUGCCUUCAAGGAUUCCAGGUGUGCCACUCUUUGGGUGGAGGAACAGGUUCUGGUAUGGGUACCUUGUUGAUCUCAAAGAUUAGAGAGGAGUACCCUGACAGGAUGAUGCUCACCUUCUCUGUUUUCCCGUCACCGAAGGUCUCAGACACAGUGGUUGAGCCAUACAAUGCCACCCUCUCUGUUCACCAACUUGUUGAGAAUGCAGAUGAGUGCAUGGUGUUGGACAAUGAAGCACUUUAUGAUAUUUGCUUCAGGACUCUCAAGCUCACUACACCAAGCUUUGGUGAUCUCAACCACUUGAUCUCAGCCACCAUGAGUGGUGUCACAUGCUGCCUCCGUUUCCCUGGUCAACUGAACUCUGAUCUUCGCAAGCUAGCUGUGAACUUGAUUCCCUUCCCUCGUCUCCAUUUCUUCAUGGUCGGGUUUGCUCCCCUAACCUCUCGUGGGUCCCAGCAGUACCGUGCCCUCACUGUCCCUGAGCUCACCCAACAGAUGUGGGAUUCCAAGAACAUGAUGUGUGCCGCUGAUCCCAGACAUGGGCGAUACCUCACCGCCUCAGCCAUGUUCCGGGGAAAGAUGUCCACAAAGGAGGUGGAUGAGCAGAUGAUCAACGUUCAGAACAAGAACUCUUCAUACUUUGUUGAGUGGAUCCCAAACAAUGUGAAGUCAAGUGUCUGUGAUAUCCCACCUCGUGGUUUGAGCAUGGCCUCAACUUUCAUUGGAAACUCAACUUCCAUUCAAGAGAUGUUCAGGAGGGUGAGCGAGCAGUUCACUGCUAUGUUCAGGAGGAAGGCUUUCUUGCAUUGGUACACCGGGGAAGGUAUGGAUGAGAUGGAGUUCACUGAGGCUGAGAGCAACAUGAAUGAUCUUGUUUCAGAAUACCAGCAGUACCAGGAUGCUACCGCUGAUGAGGAAGAGUACGAGGAUGAAGAGGAAGAACUAGAUCACAUAUGAGGAACGGCGGAGUUUGGUUAAAUUUUCUCAUAAAUGUUGAAUUUGUUAAACAAUGGAUAGUUUGUGUGUAUAAUGAGGGAAGAGAGGUAGAGAGAGAUUGGAGGUGGGUCAGGUUUAUGGUAUGUAGUCAUAAUUGAUAUUAUCAUGGUUUGAUGUUGCGAAGCUAUGUCCAAUUUACUUUCUGGGAUUUUAUUUGCUUUAUACAGCUAAUUGGUUGUGA